UGUUAUUGAUCAAUUUGAUUCCCUUUCUGUUGCUCUCAGAUACCUGCUACGUACUGUCCUUUGCCAUCAUCAUGCUGAACACCAGCCUCCACAACCCCAACGUCAGAGACAAGCCCCCCGUGGAGCGCUUCAUCUCCAUGAACAGAGGCAUCAACGAGGGGGGGGAUCUGCCCGAGGAGCUUCUCAGGAACCUUUACGACAGCAUCAAAAACGAGCCCUUCAAAAUCCCAGAGGAUGACGGGAACGAUCUCACGCACACGUUCUUCAACCCCGACAGAGAGGGCUGGCUCUUAAAGCUUGGCGGCAGGGUGAAGACGUGGAAGAGACGGUGGUUCAUCCUGACCGACAACUGCCUCUAUUACUUUGAGUACACAACAGAUAAAGAGCCUCGUGGGAUAAUUCCUCUGGAGAACCUCAGUAUCAGAGAGGUGGACGAGCCCAGGAAACCCAACUGCUUCGAGCUGUACAAGCCGAACCACAAAGGUCAGGUGAUCAAGGCCUGCAAGACGGAGGCGGACGGGCGAGUCGUCGAGGGCAACCACGUGGUGUACAGGAUAUCUGCCCCAACGCCGGAGGAGAAGGAGGAGUGGAUCAAAUCCAUCAAAGCAAGCAUCAGCAAAGAUCCUUUCUACGACAUGCUGGCCACCAGGAAGAGGAGGAUAGCCAAUAAGAAGUGAUGACCGUCACACCGUCAAACACACCUGAGUCCUCGUAUGUGUGUGUGUGUAUGUGUGUGUGUGUGUGUUGUGUGUGUGUGUUAUGAAGGCCUCAUGUGUGUUCUUUCACGGCUGGAGGACAGCAGCAGGUGCUUGUCUUUGGGACUGAAAUGGAUAAUUGGCGUGCACCUGUGUGCGAGGGACUCUGAACACUGAUUAGGGGGACUGUAUGGACAAAAAACUGGAUUAAAACAAAUGGACAAAAGGAACCGGACUACAGCCAUGACUGGAAUCAUGGGAAAUCUUUGCAUAGUGUGCCCUCUGGUGGACGCAUGAGGAGGAGUUCAUACGUGGCUUUUCCUUAUUUGGCGUUGACUCCCAGAUACCAGGAAAACAUCUUAUCUUCACCUCACAUGUUCUUCUGCUACAGAAAGCCUCAAGCUUAUUAAAUCAGCUGGUCUGAUUGUUAGUGACUGUAUCUGUACAUGCAAACACAGAUUUAUUCUAAAAAGCUCAUAUUUCAUUUACAGCAGGGCUGCAACUAAUUAUGUAUUGAUUAAUCGGAUUAAUUGUUUGGUCUAUAAAAUGCCAGAAAAUAGUGAAAAAUGUCCAUGACAUAAGGCUGCUCGAUUAUGGCAAAAAU